UCUCAUUUCCUCUCUCCCUGUGUAUCACUGCCAGAGUACUGCUUGCCUGCUGCACAGCUCAAUAAGUCAGUGCAUCCUUAGGAUACAUGAUGGAUAAUGAAGUCUUCGCUUCCUUUGUGUUCUACAGCACCCUGCUCAUCCUGAAGAUGUACAUCAUAGCUGUCAUCACAGGGCAGAUCCGACUGCGCAAGAAGGCCUUUGCCAAUCCAGAAGAUGCCUUGAGACAUGGGGGAAUCCAGUACUACAGACAGGAUCCUGAUGUGGAGCGAUACCGGAGGGCUCAUAACAAUGACAUGGAGAACAUUUAUCCAUUCUUGUUCCUGGGAGCUGUCUACUCUAUGCUCAGUCCCAACCCCACCAUUGCCAGGAUCCAUUUCCAGAUCUUCUUCAUAUGCCGAGUACUCCACACGGUGGCUUAUGUCUUGGCUCUGAAACCCCCAACACGUUCCAUGGCCUACAGUAUUGCACAGCUGCCCUGCUUUUCUAUGGUCCUUCAGAUUCUCUACUCUUUCGCAUCCUUCUGGUAACCAAAGCCCAAAGCAUUCCUGAGAAAUACAUUCCGAUCAUACUGCAGAGUGGGAUAUAGCCUUUUGUCUCAGCCAGAGGGCCCCUCGCUUGCUAAAACCCCAGCCCCCUCUGGUAGAGAUGAAGAUUAAGGUUCCUCUUAAAGAAGAAGGAAAGCCACAGAGAGAGCUUAUUGCCAAUAUAUUAGCCACAAUAGUACAAGCUAUGACACUGUUUUUAUUCUGUAGACUUUUUUAUCAUACCAGAGUAAACAGCUCUA